UCCCGCCCUGUGUCAGCAGCCCAGCCGACACCAAGGGCCUCACCAUGGCCUCCCAGCACCGGGGGCUGGCCCUCUUCGGCCUUCUGCUCAGCCUGCAGGGGUCUCUGGCGGCAGUCUUCAUCACCCAGGAGCAAGCCCACAGCAUCCUGCACAGACAGAGGCGUGCCAACUCGCUCCUGGAGGAGCUGUGGCCGGGCUCCCUGGAGAGAGAGUGCAGGGAGGAGCUGUGCUCCUUCGAGGAAGCCAGGGAGAUCUUCAAGAACCUGGAGAGGACGAAGCAGUUCUGGAUCUCAUACAACGACGGGGACCAGUGCGCCUCGGGUCCCUGCCAGAACGGGGGCUCCUGCGAGGACCAGCUUCAGUCCUACGUCUGCUUCUGCCCCGAGGGUUUCGAGGGCCGGAACUGUGAGACAGACCAGAAGAGCCAGCUGAUCUGCACAAAUGACAACGGGGGCUGCGAGCAGUACUGCACUGACCACGCAGAGGCUGGGCGCUCCUGCUGGUGCCAUAAGGGCUACGCACUCCAGGAGGACGGGGUGUCCUGCGUGCCCACAGUUGAGUAUCCAUGUGGGAAAAUACCUGUUCUGGAGAAAAGAAACAACAGCAACCCCCAAGGAAGAAUUGUGGGGGGCAAGGUCUGCCCCAAAGGGGAGUGUCCCUGGCAGGCCAUGCUGAAGCUGAACGGGGCACUGCUGUGCGGGGGAGCCCUGCUCGACGUCACCUGGGUGGUCUCUGCCGCCCACUGCUUUGACAGGAUCCGGAACUGGAGGAACCUGACGGUGGUGCUCGGCGAGCACGACCUUGGCCAGCGUGAGGGCGAGGAGCAGGAGCGGCAGAUCGCUCAAGUCAUCGUCCCCGACACGUACGUACCGGGCAAGACAGACCACGACCUGGCCCUGCUCCGCCUGGAGCGGCCUGUGGCCCUCAGCGACCACGUGGUGCCCCUCUGCCUGCCCGAGAAGACCUUCUCCGAGCGGACACUGGCCUUCGUCCGCUUCUCGGCCGUCAGCGGCUGGGGCCAGCUCCUGGACCGUGGGGCCACGGCGCGCGUGCUCAUGGCCAUCCAGGUGCCCCGGCUCCUGACCCAGGACUGCCUGGAGCAGUCGCGCCGGAGGCUGGGGUCGCCUGCCCUCACAGACAACAUGUUCUGCGCCGGCUACCUGGACGGCAGCAAGGACGCCUGCAAAGGGGACAGCGGGGGCCCGCACGCCACCCACUUCCGGGGCACGUGGUACCUGACGGGCGUUGUCAGCUGGGGUGAGGGCUGUGCGGCUGCUGGUCACUUCGGGGUGUACACCCGGGUCUCCCGCUACACGGCCUGGCUCCACCGGCUCAUGGGCUCCCUGCUGCCCUCAGAGGGCCUCCUCCAAGCUCCGCUCCCCUAGCCCCACAGCCGCAGCCCCGGAUCCCGCUCCCUGCUCCGCAAAUAAAGCUGCUGCACCCCUUCCCCAGGACCAAA